AUGUUUCGUGUUGACUCAUUAUCAAAUAAUAGUGAAACACAAAUGCCAUUAGAAGAAUAUGUGCAAGAAAUGCUAACAAAAUCUAUUCUUAAAGCACAAGAAUUUUGUGAGAAACAUCUCGGACGAAAUUCUGUAUCACAACGAGAAAUUCAACGAUGCUUCAAUCUUAUUGGAUUUUUCUGGAAUAUGCGGUACGACGAUGAAAUUAAUGAUCACGAAAUUCAAUAUCAAUCACGUGCAAAACAAUGCAUUGCGUUAGCACUUGCGUUGACAUAUUAUUUUCGACUUCCCACUGCAGAAGAUAAUUUACAACGCAAUGAUACUCAAACACCCACACGUGAAGAACUGGAUCAACUACUGUCGAACAUUAUUCCAGAUUUCUCUGAUAUGAUAGAACAAGAACUGGAAAGAUUUGUUAACACAAAUAAUUUUGUGUUUCCAGAGGGAGUUGCCAUUAAUCAAGCCGUUCGUGAACAUAUCUUCUCGAUUGUUGUCAGUAUCGCUACUCGAACACCACUAUGCAUCAUCGGUGAACCUGGUGAGACUCUAUUUUUUUCUCUUUUGAUAACAUUCAAUUAG